AUGCCCAACUCCAAAACGCUUGUUUACCUCUUUAGGAGGGAUCUCCGCGUCGCUGACAAUCCAAUUCUACAAUCCCUCGUCAAAGAAAAGGCGCAUGGCUACACUCAUCUCCUUCCCAUUUACGUUUUCCCAGCUCAGCAACUUGAAGUCUCAGGUUUCAUACCGCUCGGCAGCGAAGAAAAAAGUCCCUACCCCGAAGCACGUAGCCGAGUAGGAGGCUUCUGGAGAUGUGGACCGCAUCGAGCGAAGUUUCUGGCGGAGAGUGUGUGGGAUCUGAAGAGAGGUCUAGAGGAAGUAGGGAGUGGCUUGUAUAUUAGAGUUGGGAUGGUUGGUGAGGUAAUCGAUAAUAUUCUAAAGUCAAAGGAACUCAACGUCAAGGGAGUCUGGAUGACUGGAGAAGAAGGUGUUGAAGAGAAGGCGGAAGAAAGAGAUGUCAAGCGUGCCUGCGCAGCUGCGGGUGCUGAGUGCGUGAUUUGGGUAGAUGAGAAGUAUCUUAUUGAUGACGCCGACCUUCCAUUCAAAGACCCGCAAGAGCUCCCAGAUGUCUUUACUACUUACCGUAAAAUGAUGGAACCUCUUCGCAACAAACCGCGUGCUGUUCUGCCCACAAUAGCAAAAAACACAUUGCCAACUUUCCCAUCAAAGAGUUCAGUCCCAUCUCAACACCCGCCCUUUGUUAUCCCAACUUCUCUUCAAGGACUGAAAAAUGCACUCCUUAAACCACUCACUCAAGUCAAUGCACCAUUAACAAAAAAACCGCCUCCCUACUGCAAAGGUGCGCAAUCAGCCCAUCCUUUCAAAGGCGGGGAAAUGCAAGCCCACAAUCGCUUGAAUCAUCUACUCUCCUCGGGAGCCAUGAGCAACUACCACUCCACGCGCAAUGGUUUGUUAGGCACUGAUUGCUCCUCCAAGCUUUCCGCCUACCUGGCUCUCGGCUGUAUCACAUCACGCCAAAUCCACGCAUCUAUGCUGGCCUUUGAAGACGGUACCAACCCCGCCUGGUCCGCAGUACCCGGCUACGGAGAGGGAGAAAAUGAGGGCACGGGAAGCUUGCGCUUCGAGCUCCUGUGGCGUGACUACAUGCGUCUCUGCAAUCGCAAGUACGGCACCAAGCUAUUCCACCCCUCGGGCUUCAAGGGCUCUCCCACCACGUGGUUAUCCCCCUCCAACCCACCUGAAGGACAAACUACAGCUAGCGUAACGGAAAUCAUCCAGCGGUUCCUGAACGGCACCACAGGGAUGGGCCUCAUCGACGCAAGCCAGCGGGAACUAUUCCAGACAGGCUAUACGUCAAACCGCGCGCGGCAGAACGUCGCCUCUUUCCUCACCAAGCAUCUCCACAUCGACUGGCGCAUCGGCGCCGAAUGGUACGAGUGCAUGCUCGUCGACUACGACCAGAGCUCGAACUGGGGCAACUGGCAAUACGUGGCGGGCGUGGGCAACGACCCGCGCGACACGCGGAAUUUCAACCCGGUCAAGCAGGCCUUCGACUACGACCCGCACGCCGAAUACGUCAAGACCUGGAUCCCGGAGCUGCGGGGCCUGAGCGAGCCCAGCGAGGUCUUCCAAGCCUGGACGUGCAAGGAUGAGGAGCUCCGGGAGAGGCUGGGGCUGAGAGGUCUGAAAUGGGUGGAGGAACCACUGGAGAAGAUCGACUUCGUCAUCGCGCGCAAGUAUCCGCGGCCGAGAGUGAGGGGAAAGGGCAAUGCGGGGAGCGGUGGAGCAGAUAGCAGGGAUGCUGGGAGAAGCGGUGGGACAAAGACUGGUGGUUCUGAGUGGGCGCGUGCCAGAGGUUCCGCGAGAGGCGCAUCUGCUAAUAGGGGAUCUGCCAGUUCGAGGGGUCACUCGAGGGGUCAUCGACGGGAGAAAGGCGGUGGUGGUGGUGAUUCCGGCGGUAGUGGACGGAAAGCUGGACAAGCGAGCGAAAAGGAGGCAGAGCAUUCGUGA